UUCCAGAUGAUCUUCCUUGGAUUCCUUGGACUCUUCAUAGCUCCUGGAUUGGCUAGCUAUAAUAUCAACGUCAAUGACGAUGACAACGUGGCUAGAAGUGGGCAGCAGAGAGUGAGCAUCAACAAUGCACACAAUGUGGCCAACAUUGACAACAACAACGGAUGGAACUCCUGGAACUCCAUCUGGGAUUAUGAAAAUAGCUUUGCUGCAACCAGACUCUUUGCCAAGAAGUCAUGCAUUGUGCACAGAAUGAACAAGGAAGUUAUGCCCUCCAUUGAAACCUUUGAUGCACUGGUCAAGGAGAAAAAGCUUCAAGGUAAAGGGCCAGGGGGACCACCUCCCAAGACCAUGACCUUCUCCAUCAACCCUAACCAAGUUGAUGACCUAAGCCAGUUUGGAGCAAACAUUGCUGGCAUGUGCCAAGGAAUGCCAACAUACAUUGCUGAGGAGAUUCCAGGAAUAAUCCCACCUUUGGAAUCUAAAAAGUGCUACAGUGCUAAUAUACUGUGGGUUCUGAACAUCUCCUUCUGUCGAACAACGGAGGAACAAUUUUAA